AUGGGCGCCUGCAGGAUGCCGCUCCUCACGCUCACCGUCGUUGUUUUGAUUCUCGCCACUGCCGGCGGCAAGCUCCCCGUGACUGCCGUCGGCGGCCACGAGCACGCGCUCGCUGAUCCCACUGCUGAGCGGCACAAAAGCGUUGCUACCGGAGCCGGAGCCUCCGCCGCCGGCGCCGUGGAAGACGACAAGGCGUACAUCGUCGGGCGGCCUCUGUUCAAGGUUCCACCCAGCAGCCCGUGCCGUCGUGCCAAGUCCGCGCGCUGCUGA